AUGAAAUGCUUCUUUGGUUCGAUAUUUUAUUGUUUACUAAUUAUUGCUAUCGGUAAACAAGCAAUAACAGAUAAGGAUGGGAUAGUUGCUGAUAUAAAAGCAAAUUUAUCAACACUCAUUCAUGUUCAUGCUAUGUGGCGACAUGGUGAUCGUACACCAAUAACUUUACUUCCAAAUGAUAAAGCUAAUGAUGAGGGAUCAUGGGAAAUUGGCUUAGGUGAAUUAACAGUUGAUGGCAUCUGGCAAGCAUAUCAUCUUGGCAGAUUUCUUCGACAACGAUAUGAUGGAUUUUUAAGUGAAACGUUUAAAACUUCCGAGAUUUACGUAAGAAGUACAGAUAUCAAUCGUACGUUAAUGACAGCCAAUGCUGUCCUUCAAGGUUUAUAUCAACAACGAUAUUAUAAUGAUAACUUAUCACUAUCAGUAUGGCAUCCAAUACCAGUGCAUACAGUAAAAGUCGAAAAUGAUAAAUUGCUUCAACAAAACUGUGCGAAAGUAAAAGAAGAAUUACAAAAAGUGAUGAAAAUGAAAGCCAUACAAGAUAUGUUACAAAUGAAUGAAAAGUAUUUGCAAUAUAUCGGUAAACAUAUGAAUGUUGAAAAUGGCGGCUAUUUUGAUUUUGAAAAUAUUUGGCUUGUAUACGAUCCACUUAAAGUUAUUACUUAUCAUAAAGAUAAACAUGAAUUUCCAAAAUGGGUUAAUGAGACAAUAUGGAAUAAAAUUUCGGAAAUGUACAAUUUAUGGGGUCAAUAUCAAUACAGUACCGAUUUGUUGAAAAGACUUCAAGGAGGCGAAUUAUGGAAGGAAAUUUUUGUAAGACUUAAUAAUUUGAUAAAGGAACAUUCAGUGUGGAAGCAAAAGAUCUAUGCAUAUUCUGCGCACGAUGAUACAUUAGCAGUAUUAUUAAAUAUGUUUGGUAUGAAACUUACUGCUUAUCCACCAUAUGCUGCUCUUGUAUUACUUGAAACACAUUUGAUUGAUAAUGAAUUCAUUCUUCAGCUUUACUACAAAAAUGUUACCGAUUCCAAUCAAAUUUAUCAUUUUCCAAUUGCUUACUGUAAUGAUGAUAUAUGUACGGUAGAGAAGUUGGAGAUAGCGACAAGCAAUUUUAUUCCACAAAAUUGGGAAAUGGAAUGUGAUCCGAAUGUUUUAUACAGGAAAAUGAGUUCUGCUAUAUUAUUUAUUUCAUUGAUUAGCGUUGUGGCGGUAAUUUCAUGUCAAAUUUUGAAGGCACAUAUUAUGAAACGGAAAGUUUAUAAUGAUCGAACGGUUGCUUUUCCAUCUGAUGCUGAAUGGCACUUUUAA